AUGAAUUUUAUGGAAGUUAACCAAACUGAUCACUGUGUCCAGUUUUCCUGUCCAGAAAGAACUAUAUCUACUGCAGUUUAUGUGAUGCUCCAUUUGUGCAUAGUGGUGGUUGUCCUACUGACAGUGUGUGGAAAUCUGCUCAUCAUCAUCUCUGUUUGUCAAUUCAAGCAGCUCCACACACCAACUAACAUGCUCAUCCUCUCUCUGGCCAUGUCAGACUGUCUGGUUGGACUAUUUGUCAUGCCGUUCCAUUUAAGUCGGAUGAUUGAAUCCUGCUGGAUUUUUGGAAUGACUGUCUGUCUGUUUUUUGCUUUGAUCACCUUUUCUGUUACAGGAAUAUCUAUUUAUAAUGUUGCUCUUAUUGCUAUUGAUCGAUAUUUUGCCAUCUCUAACCCAUUUCUCUAUGCUGAAAAAGUGUCUGUAAGUAAUAUUUGCAUUGUGAUUUUGUCUAUGUGGAUUUUCUUAGUGUCUUAUACCUCUGCACUGCUUUACUUUAAUGGAAACUCUACAGGUCUCAUAAUGUGUCCUGAGCAGUGCCUCUUUGUCUUGCAUGAGAUUUGGUCUCUGGUUGAUCUUGUAUUUAUAUUUGUUGUUCCUUGUUCUGCUAUAAUCUUAUUUUAUGCUUUGGUUUUUGUUAUUGCUAAGAAACACGCCACUGCUAUUAGAGAGAUUAAUGUUCAGAGUAAAGGCUCGAAGGACAUGGCAGACUCAAUGAAAUCUGAGAGAAAAGCAGCAAAAGUUCUCAGCAUUUUAGUGUCUGUGUUUGUGGCCUGUUUAUUUCCAUACUUUGUUAGUACUUUAAUAAGUAAUGCCAUAGAAACGCAAUUAAUUUACAACUUGUCAAUACUUCUACAACUUAACUCCACAAUUAAUCCUGUGAUUUAUGCAUUGUUUUACCCAUGGUUUAGAAAGUGCCUUAAAAUAAUUUUAACUCUUCAAAUAUUCAGAAGAGAUUCUGCAUUGCUGAAUGUCCAAUAA